GAUAACUUUUCGUUGUUCUUAUUACUUUCUGCAUAGUGUUCUUUUGAAUUGCUUCAAGCUUGUAACCUGUCCAUUUAGUUAUCAGUAACGUGAGCUAACAGAAGCUAACGGUCAUCUUGGUGUUGGUCAGCGGUUAAAUCAACGGACACUUUAACUGAAAUAUUUAAACUGAAACUACUCUAAGUGUGAUGCACCUAAUCGAUGUAAACGUGUAUUUGGGUAAACAAUGCGGCGCUUCUCAACUCUUGCACUUUCAGCAGGUAAUUCUAUAUUCAUGUGUAUCAUGGUAACUUAUAACUCAUUUACUUUAUCAGAAAACUUUAAAUACAAUAACUACUCUUAAAAAACACUGAUGAAGCUGUAUUCAAGCAUACUAAUGGAAAAUUCAGUGGGAGGAAAACCUGUGGAAAAACUACACUGCCAAAAGUACCAAUACUUGGUGGAAGGAUCUAGGUAACACUUUUUGACUGGCCAGAAACUUUAUGUAUCAUCAGUCUUCAAUAGCUACUAUUCUGCGACUUUUGGAAACAUCCCUUUUUCUACACACCUAAUGACUGGCUGUUUACCAGGCUAUUGCAGAGCUGAGUGACUGCUGAUGAGGGAAUUUGAUUCAGGUGUGUUGAAGAAGAGAUGACUCUACAAGUAAAAGGUUAAUUUGUUGUUUAAGGUAAUUUAUUUUUUUAAGUCUGAGUUCUGAAUGUUUUAAAGUGUCAAAGAUUUGCAGUCAAGUAGCUUGGUUUAAGAGAAUUGUCCUAUUAUCUGGACUUAAAAAAAGACAUUAAAUGGGUGUUUCAAUUUGUAACUGGUAAUAAGUUUCCACUAAAUGGUAGAACUAUUAUCAUAUUAAAUUUCAUGGCUUCAAGUGCUGGAAUAUGUUUAGUUGCUUGUGAACCAUAAUGGAUGAAACUUCAAUCAACUUUUUUUAUUUUUUUUAAAGGCACUCAUCAAAAGAUGAUGACUGGUGUCUAUAAUUUUAAAGUAAUUUGAACUGCCUUGCUGCUGAAAUGUGCUAUACAAAUAAACUUGACUAUCUGGACUAAUGCUUCAAUUUUGUUUUGUAGAAUUAAACUGAUUAAAUGUUUGGCCCUAGGAUGUUUUCAUUGGGGUAAAAAUUGUUUUCAAGAGCCCUAUUGCAUUUUUUAUUUUUUUUCUAAAUAAACGUUACUAUCUAGGGGCUGAGGGUAGCUGCCUUUUUCUGUGACUUUGAGCUCAGCUUUAUACCUUGCUACAUUAACUGGGAGCUGUUCUUGCAGGCAGAGUGUGUUGGCUGACAGUCCUUGACCUUUUUAAUAUUAAAAAUAAUCUAGGGUGUCUGUAGUUUUCUGCAGAAACUAAUGCAUAACUGUUUCCAGAUACAAUGGCAAGCAUAAUCUUUGCAGAGCAGGAAAAUGCACAACUUCAUGGAUCUUCACAGAAUUUGCGCCGGCGACUUAAAUCUGUUCCAGAGAAACUAAAGUCUCCUAUGAUGGCCAAAACGAUGGCCACACCGCUCUCAUCUGGCCGCAAGGCUUUUGGUGUGGUGGGCAACAGGAUUUCAACACCAGCCGUCAAAACGCAGGAGAAGAAACUCGUAAAACCACAGGAAACAAAAGCGACUCCGACUCCUCAGACCAAAGUGGAGGAAUAUCCAGAAGUUGAGCAGUUUAUCCCUUAUGACCCAUUAGACUUUCAGAGGUACAGUGUACCUGAAGAUCUGAUUCCUCUUAGCUGCAUGGCUCUGUCUGGGUUGGCUUGCUUUCCACACAGACGUCCUGAUCUGGAUGAGGAAAAGAUGGAAGAGCUCCCAUACCUUUCCCCUGUGGAAAUGCCAGAGUGUCCAGCCGACUACACGGAGCUGACCGAGUUUCUUCAAACUAUUGAUGAGCUUACUGAACUUCCUUCAGAACCUGAGUUUUGACGCAUUUAUUAAUGCUCUGUAUUUUUGUCUCUAAUAAAGUUGUUUUACCACGUU